GAGUUUCCAUGGAGACCGAGGCAGGGCCUGAGCGGCCUCGCGGCGUUACCAUGGAGACAACUCCGGGGCUGGGGCUCAGAAGGCCCGGCGCACCGCUGGCUCAGAACCCCGCGGAGCCGCUGUGCGAGGCUGGAGCCGCGGCACGCUGGGACCUGCGGAAGCACUCUUUGCUCAUUGUGAUCGGCGAUAUCGGUACAGAGAGUCAGCUGAGGGCCGUGCGGGCCCACCUUGAACAAGGGAUUCUCUCCUGGAACAUUGAUCUAUCAUCCUUUGAUUUGAACCAACAGUUGAGACUCUUCAUUACUCGGCAUCUAGCUCACUUCUCCUCGGAAGUCAAAGGCCAGAGGACCCUCUGCCACCAGAGUGAGAGCCUAGAGACCAUCAUCCUGGUAAACCCCAGUGCAGACAGCAUCAGCUCUGAGGUUCACCAUCUUCUUAGCAGCCCAUCAGUUCACAAACUACUGAUUUUGAGUGGGCAAAGUUUAGAGCCUGGGGGAGACCUCAUCCUACAGAGUGGCACUUACUCCUACCAAAACUUUGCCCAGGUCCUUCACAACCCAGAGAUUGCCCAGUUGCUCAGCAACAGAGACCCUGAGAUCCAGGCCUUCCUCACUGUAUCCUGCUUAGGGGAAGGUGAUUGGAGCCACCUGGGGCUAUCCAGUUCCCAAGAGACCCUGCACCUCCGGCUGAACCCUGAGCCCAUACUGCCCACCAUGGAUGGUGUGGCCGAGUUCUCCGAGUAUGUCUCUGAGACCGUGGACGUGCCAUCCCCCUUUGACCUGCUGGAGCCCCCCACCUCAGGGGGCUUCCUCAAGCUCUCCAAGCCUUGCUGCUAUAUCUUCCCAGGUGGUCGUGGGGACUCUGCCCUCUUUGCUGUCAAUGGUUUCAACAUCCUGGUGGAUGGUGGCUCUGAUCGCAAGUCCUGCUUUUGGAAGCUGGUACGGCACCUGGACCGCAUUGACUCGGUGCUACUCACACACAUUGGGGCAGACAACCUGCCAGGCAUCAAUGGACUCCUACAGCGCAAAGUGGCAGAGCUAGAGGAGGAACAGUCCCAGGGCUCUAGCAGCUACAGUGACUGGGUGAAGAACCUCAUCUCUCCUGAGCUUGGAGUUGUCUUUUUCAAUGUGCCUGAUAAGCUGCGGCUUCCUGAUGCCUCCCGGAAGGCCAAGCGCAGCAUUGAAGAGGCCUGCCUCACUCUGCAGCACUUAAACCGUCUGGGCAUCCAGGCUGAGCCUCUGUACCGUGUGGUCAGCAACACCAUUGAACCACUGACCCUCUUCCACAAAAUGGGUGUGGGCCGGUUGGACAUGUAUGUCCUCAACCCUGUCAAAGACAGCAAGGAGAUGCAGUUCCUCAUGCAAAAGUGGGCAGGCAACAGUAAAGCCAAGACAGGCAUUGUGCUGGCCAAUGGGAAGGAGGCUGAGAUCUCGGUGCCCUACCUCACCUCUAUCACUGCUCUAGUGGUCUGGCUGCCAGCCAACCCCACUGAGAAGAUUGUGCGUGUGCUUUUUCCAGGAAAUGCUCCCCAGAACAAGAUCUUAGAGGGCCUGGAAAAGCUUCGACACCUGGACUUCCUGCGUUACCCUGUGGCCACACAGAAGGACCUAGCUGCUGGGGCUGUGCCUGCCAACCUCAAACCCAGCAAAAUCAAACAGCGGGCUGACAGCAAGGAGAGCCUCAAAGCCACUACCAAGACAGCUGUGAGCAAGCUGGCCAAACGAGAGGAAGUGGUGGAAGAGGGAGCCAAGGAGGCCCGCUCAGAGCUGGCCAAGGAGUUAGCCAAGACAGAGAAGAAGGCAAAAGAGUCAUCUGAGAAGCCCCCAGAGAAGCCUGCCAAGCCUGAGAGGGUGAGGACAGAGUCAAGUGAGGCACUGAAGGCAGAGAAGCGAAAGCUGAUCAAAGACAAGGUGGGGAAGAAGCACCUAAAAGAAAAGAUAUCAAAGCUGGAAGAAAAAAAAGACAAGGAGAAAAAAGAGAUCAAGAAGGAGAGGAAAGAGCUCAAGAAGGAUGAAGGAAGGAAGGAGGAGAAGAAGGAUGCCAAGAAAGAGGAGAAGAGGAAAGAUACCAGACCCGAAGUCAAGAAGAUUUCCAAGCCAGACCUAAAGCCAUUUACCCCUGAGGUACGUAAGACCCUCUACAAAGCUAAGGCCCCUGGAAGAGUCAAGAUAGACAGGAGCCGAGCUACCCGUGGGGAGAAGGAGCUAUCUUCAGAACCCCGAACACCCCCAGCUCAGAAGGGGACUGUACCACUCCCAACAGUCAGUGGGCACAGGGAACUGGCCCUGUCCUCACCAGAGGACCUCACACAGGACUUUGAGGAGAUGAAGCGUGAGGAGAAGGGUUUGCUAGCUGAACAAAAGGUCAUGGGGCUAGGAGAGAAAGUGCUCUCUCUAGACACUGCAGAGAAGGGAACCCCAAGCACAGCUAUCCAGGGAAUACUACCCUCUGUUCCAGGACUGGGACAAAAAGAACACACUAAGGAGAAGGAGGUUGUCCCAAAUGUUCCUGAGGAACCAGGCAGCAAGGACAGAGGCCCAGACUCUGGGGCUGAAACAGAGGAAGAUAAAGACACCUGGGAGGAAACGAAGCAGAGGGAAGCAGAGAGGCUCCCAGAUAGAGCAGAAGCUAGAGAAGAAAGUGAGCCUGAAGUAAAGGAAGAUGUGAUAGAAAAGGCUGAGUUAGAAGAAAUGGAAGAGGUGCACCCUUCAGAUGAGGAGGAAGAGGAAGAGACAAAGGCUGAGAGUUUUUACCCAAAACAUAUGCAGGAAGCCUUGAAGGUAACUCCAAGAAGUAGGGAUGCUCUUGGGGGCCGAGAACUGGGACUCCAGGGCAAGGCCCCUGAGAGGGAGACUUCGUCAUUUCUAAGCAGCCUCACCACACCUGCAGGGGCCACUGAGCAUGUCUCUUACAUCCAGGAUGAGACAAUCCCUGGCUACUCAGAGACCGAGCAGACCAUCUCAGAUGAGGAGAUCCAUGAUGAGCCAGAGGAACGCCCAGCUCCACCCAGAUUCCAUACAAGUACGUAUGACCUCCCAGGGCCUGAAGGUCCUGGCCCCUUUGAAGCCAGUCAGCCUGCAGAUAGUGCUGGUCCUGCCACCUCCAGCAAAAGUUAUGGAGCACCAGAGACUGAACUCACCUACCCCCCAAACAUAGUGGCUGCUCCUUUGGCUGAAGAGGAACAUGUGUCCUCAGCCACUUCAAUCACUGAGUGUGACAAACUUUCUUCCUUUGCCACAUCGGUGGCUGAGGACCAGUCUGUGGCCUCACUCACAGCUCCCCAGACAGAAGAGACAGGCAAGAGCUCCCUGUUGCUUGACACAGUCACAAGCAUCCCCUCCUCCCGCACUGAAGCCACUCAGGGCUUGGACUAUGUACCAUCGGCUGGUACCAUCUCACCCACCUCCUCGCUGGAAGAAGACAAGGGCUUCAAAUCACCACCCUGUGAAGACUUCUCUGUGACUGGAGAGUCAGAGAAGAGAGGAGAGACUGCAGGGAGAGGCUUUCCAGGAGAGAGGGCCAUGGAAGAGGAAGAGGAGGAAACGGGAGAUGCAGAGGUAUCUGAGAAAGUUUGCAGUCAAUAUGGAACCCUGAUGUUUGGUGCCCGUGGUCACACCCCACAUCCAGGGGACCCAACCCUUGGAGAAGUGGAGGAGCGGUGCCUCAGCCCAGAUGACAGCACAGUGAAGAUGGCCUCUCCUCCACCAUCUGGUCCACCCAGUACCACCCACACACCCUUUCAUCAGUCCCCAGUGGAAGAAAAGUCUGAGCCCCAAGACUUUCAGGAAUCAGACUCCUGGGGAGAUACUAAGCGCACCCCAAGUGUGGGCAAAGAAGAUGCUGCAGAGGAGACAACCAAGCCAGGGCCUGAAGAGGGCACACUAGAGAAGGAGGGGAAGUUGCCUUCUCCCAGGAGCCCCCAGGCCCAAGAAGCACCUGUCAGCGUUGUUGAGAGACACACAGGUUGUACCAUUCAGCUGUUGCCAGAACAAGACAAAGCAAUAGUCUUUGAGACUAUGGAAGCGGGAGAACCAACAGGCCCAAUUCUGGGAGCGGAAGUCCUUCCCAGAGGUUUGAGGACACCUCAAGAAUCUGGUGAACCUCAGAAAGAUGAAGUGCUCCAAUUUCCUGACCGAAGCCUCUCCCCUGAAGAUGCAGAGUCCCUCUCUGUCCUCAGUGUGGUCUCCCCAGACACUGCCAACCAAGAACACACCCCCAGGUCUCCCUGUGGCCUGACAGAGAAGUACUUACACAAAGACCUUUGGCCAGAGGUAUCUCCAGAAGACACCCAGUCACUUUCUCUCUCAGAAGAGAGUCCCAGCAAGGAGACCUCCCUGGAUUUCUCUUCUAAGCAGCUCUCUCCAGAAAGCCUUGGCACCCUGCAGUUUGGGGAACUAAAGCUUGGAAAGGAAGAAAGGGAGCCUCUGAUGCAGACUGAGGACACCUCUUGCCAUCUAGCUCCCAUGUCUAUUCCAGAGCCCCAUGCAGCCACGGUGACACUUCCCAUGGAUGGGACUCCUAGAUACUCUGUGCAGACAGAUAUCACAGAUGAGAGCCCCGACAGAAAAUUACCUGCCAGCUACUUCUCUCACUCUAUGCUGUCAGGAGAUGAGAAGUACUCACCUGGAGUGACCACAAGCCCUGCUGAACCCAUUCUGACACCUGAUAGCUCCUUCACCAAGAGUCCUGAGUCUUUGCCCAGCCCUGCCAUGGAGGACCUUGCCGUGGACUGGGAAGGUAAAGUUCCAGGGUUGAAAGACAGGACCCCUGAGCAGAAGAAGGAACCUGAGCCAAAGGAUGAAGUCCUACAGCAGAAGGACAAAACUCUGAAGCAGAAGGAUGUUGCUGUAGAGCAGAAGGAUGUAACCAUCCAUCAAAAAGAUGAGACUCUGGAGGAAAAGAAUAAGGCUAUGCAACAGCCGGAUAAGGCUUUAGAACAAAAGGGCAGAGACUUAGACCAAAAGGAUACUGCCCUAGAACAGAAGGACAAGGCCCUGGCACCAAAAGACAAAGACUUAGAACAAAAGGACAAGGCCCUGGAACAGAAGGACAAGAUCGUAGGAGAGAAAGACAAAGCGUUAGAACAAAAGGACGCAGCUCUGGAACAGAAGAACAAGGCCCUGGAACCAAAAGAUAAAGACUUAGUACAAAAAGACAGAGACUUAGAACAAAAGGAUACAGCCCUAGAACAAAAGGACAAGGCCCUGGAACCAAAAGACAGAGACUUAGAACAAAAAGAAAAGGGCCCAGGACAGAAGGAUAAGAUCUCGGAAGAAAAAGACAAUGACUUAGAACAAAGUAUGAGGGACUUUGAGCAUAAAGACAAGGCUCCAGGAGACAAGGUCCCUGAACUGAAGGGCAGAGCCCUAGAACAGACAGACAAAGCCCCUGAACAGAAAGAACAGGCCCAGGAACAGAAGGAUAAGGCCUCAGAAAAGAAAGAUCAGGCCUUGGAACAAAAAUACUGGGCCUUAGGACAGAAGGAUGAAGCCCUGGACCAAAACAAUGAGGUCGUAGAACAGAAAGAUAAGGCUCUGGAAGAUAAGGACAAAAUUCAGGGGCAGGAGAGCCUAUCACAGGAGGAUAAAACCAGGAAACCAAAGGAGAAAAUUGUAGACGAAAAGUCCCCAGAAAAAGUCAAGGCUGUGGAACAGAAGUUAGAAGCUCUUCUGGAGAAGACCAAAGCUCUGGGACUGGAAGAAAGCCCAGUGCAGGUGGGCAAGGCCAGAGAGCAGGAAAAGUACUGCAAGGAACAGGAUGUGGUCCAAGAGUGGCGAGAAACAUCUCCAACCAGAGGGGAGCCAGUUGGAGAACAGAAAGUGCCUGCCCCGGCAUGGGAGGACACAUCUGAGCAGGAGAACAGGUACUGGAGGGGCAGAGAGGAAGUGGCCCUGGAACAGGACCCAUACUGGAGGGAGCUAAGUUGUGAGCGGAAGGUCUGGUUCCCUCAUGAGCUGGAUGGCCAGGAGGCCCGCCCACGGUACGCCGAGGAACGAGAGAGCACAUUUCUGGAUGAGGGGCCAGAUGAUGAGCAAGAAACGGCCCCACCGGAACACUCACCCCGGAGCCCCUGGGCCUCCGACUUCAAGGAUUUCCAGGAGUCCUCGCCACAGAAGGGACUAGAGGUGGAGCGCUGGCUCGCCGAGUCACCAGUUGGACUGCCACCUGAGGAAGAGGACAAACUGACCCGCUCUCCCUUUGAGAUCAUCUCUCCUCCAGCCUCCCCACUUGAGAUGGUUGGACAAAGGGUUCCUUCAGCCCCAGGACAAGACAGCCCUCUCCCAGAGCCUAAGUCCAUGCCGUCCAUGAGGAGUGAACCCACCACCCCUUCAUGGCUGGCUGACAUCCCACCAUGGGUGCCCAAGGACAGACCCCUGCCACCUGCACCCCUCUCCCCAGCUCCAUCUCCCCCCAUGCCUGCCCCAGAGCCCCACACACCUGCACCCUUCUCCUGGGGCACAGCUGAAUAUGACAGUGUGGUGGCUGCAGUGCAGGAGGGGGCAGCUGAGUUGGAAGGUGGGCCAUACUCCCCCUUGGGGAAGGACUACCGCAAAGCUGAAGGGGAAAGGGAAGAAGAAGGUGGGACUGGGGAUCCUGACAGCAGUCUCCACAGCUCAAAGGUCUCAGAGGCUAGCAAGAGCUGUGACACCAGGGAGCCGGAGCAAGUCGAGCCAGAGCAGAGAGAGCCCACACCCUAUCCUGAUGAGAGGAGCUUUCAGUACGCAGACAUCUAUGAGCAGAUGAUGCUUACUGGGCUUGGCCCUGCAUGCCCCACUAGGGAGCCUCCACUUGGAGCAGCUGGAGAUUGGCCCCCACGCCUCUCAACCAAGGAGGAGGCUGCUGGCCGAAACGCAUCUGCAGAGAAGGAGCUUUCCUCUCCUGUCUCACCUAAGAGCCUCCAAUCUGACACUCCAGCCUUCAGCUAUGCAGCCCUGGCAGGACCCAGUGUACCCCCUAGGCAGGAGCCUGAGCCAGGGCUGAGUAUGGAGCCCAGCCUCACCCCACCUGCAGUUCCCCCCCGUGUUCCUAUUCCCCUGAGCAAAGGCCCAAGCCCUCCUCUUAAUGGUAACAUCCUGAGCUGCAGCCCAGAAAGGAGGACCCCAUCCCCCAAGGAAUUAGGCCGGGGUCACUGGGAUGACAGCACUAGUGACUCGGAGCUGGAGAAGGGGGCUCGGGAACAGCCAGAGAAAGAGGCCCAGUCCCCAAGCCCCCCUCACCCUAUCCCUUCAGGGCCCCCCACAUUGUGGCCUGAAACUGAGGCAUAUACCAGCCCUUCCUCAGACUCACACCUGGGUCCUGCCCGACCCAGUCUGGACUUCCCUGCUUCAGCUUUUGGCUUCUCCUCACUGCAGCCAGCUCCCCCACAGUUGCCCUCUCCGGCUGAACCCCGCUCAGCGCCCUGUGGCUCCCUUGCCUUCUCUGGGGACCGGGCUCUGGCUUUGGCUCCAGGACCGCCCACCAGGGCCCGGCAUGAUGAGUACCUAGAAGUGACCAAGGCCCCCAGCCUGGACUCCUCACUGCCCCAGCUUCCAUCGCCUAGCUCUCCUGGGGUCCCUCUUCUCUCCAAUCUGCCACGACCUGCUUCACCAGCCCUCUCUGAUGGCUCUUCCUCUGAGGCUACCACACCUGUGAUUUCCAGUGUGGCUGAGCGUUUCCCUCCAGGCCUCGAGGCUGCAGAACAGGAGUCUGGAGAGCUGGACCCAGGAAUGGGACCAACUGCCCACAGCCUCUGGGACCUCACCCCUCCAAGCCCAGCAGCCUCAGCUUCACUGGACUUUGGCCUAGCUCCGGCUCCAAGCCUGCCUGGAGACCUGGAUGGUGGCACCCUCCCCUGCCGCCUGGAGUGCUCAGGGGCAGCCAUCAAGAAGCCAAGCCCCUUCCAGGGUCCCCCUGGGGACUGUGCAGCCAAUGGCCCAACUGAAACCAGCCCCAAUCCCCCAGGACCUGCCCCAGCCAAGGCUGAGAAAGAAGAAACUGAGGCCUGUCCUGCCUGGGAUUGUGGGGCCUGGCCUGAGGGAGCUGAGAGGAGCUCCCGGCCUGACACACUGCUCUCCCCAGAGCAGCCACUGUGUCCUGGAGGAAGCUCUGGUGGCCGACCCAGCAGUGUGUCUCCUGAGGUUGAGGCUGGGCCCCAGGGAUGUGCCACUGAGCCCCGGCCCCACCAUGGAGAGCUCUCCCCCUCUUUCCUGAAUCCACCUCUGCCCCCAUCCACGGAUGACAGUGACCUCUCCACUGAGGAAGCUCGGCUGGUAGGAAGAGGGGGACGGCGCCGUGCAGGGGCACCAGGAACCACAGGAGGCCCAUGCCCUGUGGCUGAUGAGACACCCCCCACUUCAGCCAGUGACUCAGGCUCCUCACAGUCAGAUUCUGAUGUCCCACCAGAAACUGAGGAGUGUCCAUCCAUCACAGCUGAGGCAGCCCUUGACUCAGAUGAAGAUGGGGACUUCCUACCUGUGGACAAAGCUGGGGGGGUCAGUGGUACUCAUCAUCCCAGGCCUGGCCAUGACCCACCCCCUAUACCCCAGCCAGAUCCUCGCCCUUCCCCUCCCCGCCCUGAUGUGUGCAUGGCUGACCCCGAGGGGCUCAGCUCAGAGUCUGGGAGGGUAGAGAGGCUACGGGAGAAGGAAAAGAUGCAGGGGCGAGUAGGGCGCAAGGCCCCAGGCAGGGCCAAGCCAGCAUCCCCUGCAAGGCGGCUGGAUCUUCGGGGAAAGCGCUCACCCACUCCUGGGAAAGGGCCUGCAGAUCGAGCAUCCCGGGCCCCACCCCGACCACGCAGCACUCCAAGCCAGGUCAUCCCAGCAGAGGAAAAGGAUGGAUACAGCCCCAUGUCCAAAGGCCUAGUCAAUGGACUCAAGGCAGGACAGAUGGCUGUAGGUUCCAAGGGUGGCUCUGGCGCCCCUGUAUAUGUGGACCUCGCCUAUAUCCCGAACCAUUGCAGUGGCAAGACUGCUGAUCUUGACUUCUUCCGUCGAGUGCGUGCAUCCUACUAUGUGGUCAGUGGGAAUGACCCUGCCAAUGGCGAGCCAAGCCGGGCUGUCCUGGAUGCCCUGCUGGAGGGCAAGGCCCAGUGGGGGGAGAAUCUUCAGGUGACUCUGAUCCCUACUCAUGACACGGAGGUGACUCGUGAGUGGUACCAGCAGACUCAUGAGCAGCAGCAGCAACUGAAUGUCCUGGUCCUGGCUAGCAGCAGCACUGUGGUCAUGCAGGACGAGUCCUUCCCAGCCUGCAAGAUUGAGUUCUGAAAGAGCCACCCUCCCUUCCCCAAGGAUCCACUCCCCCAGCUCCUUUAGAGAAUGGCUACUGCUGAGUCCUUUGGGGUUGAGGGAGAAGGGAGCCGGCAGGGAAGGGGGGGAGGGCAGAUGUCAUGUUAUGGAGACUUGGGCUGGGCUAAAUGGGAGGGGUUGACCCUCCCCCUCAUCCAUUCCUGAGAGGGGUUUCAAAACCAAAGGUAACAGGGAUAGGAUAGGGGAGGGUACAAAUUAGGACAAAUCUGAUGCCUGAGAACCCUUGAGUGAUACCCUCUCCUAGCACUGUUGAAUGCUGGUAUUUUAUGGGGACUGAGGAUGGGUCUCAGAGAGCAAACUCCUCCCUCAUAGAGGGAGAUUAUAUCCCCAACCCCAGGGACCUCUUUAUCUCAAUCUAUUUAUUUAGCAUCCCAUGAAGGAUUCCCAAUAGUAAUUUAUGUGACCUGGGGUCAGGAUACUGUCAGUGAGGUGCCCAGAGCUGCACCCUUUCCUCCAUCUCCCAUCCCCUCACCCACCAGGGUCUGAGUUCUAGCAGAAGCUUGGCAGUACACCACUGCUACACUUUCCUACUGCUUCCCUCAGAAUCUGAAUGUCUCAGUCCAAAACUUGAAGCUCUUUAGACCAACAGACUGAUGAGAAGAGAAAGGAGCUUAUCGCCCCAGCCCUUGCUUCAUACCAUUCACAUCCCAGGGCUGUGUCCAGACCGGCCCUCCUGGGCAGCACAAAAGGGCAAGGAGAGCUCAGGCCCAAUCCCAGAAUUCUUUCAAACUCCCUGAUUCUUUGAAGUUUUUACUCACCCCAUUCCAACUAUCCCAAUCCCUUCUCAUUCCCUGCUUGGCUUCUCUGCAUGUGGUCAUCUGCUGUGGCCUGGUGUGUAAUGGGUUAAAAAUAAGCCACUGCCUGACAUCCCAACAUAUGACACCCCAGCCAUGUGUGACUCCCUCAACAUUCCACUAUGCCAUCCUGCAGCUGAAAUGGGAACACUGGCUGCCUCUUCAAACCCAAACUCUUGGACAGAGGAUCUGGGGGUGGAGGCCAGGCCAGAGAACUUGGGGAAAAUGAGAGGGAGGAAGGAAACAGAGAAGAAGCUGAGCUAUAGCUUAACUCCUGAACACAGUGAAAUGAAAACAGGCUGAAAUGCCACCCCAGGAGAGGAUUUUGCCCUGAGUAAGCCAGUGAGCAGCCCUGCCAGACUACUGCUGGACUGAAAAACCAAGACUGCUGAUCAUCAUCUGGGCUCGCCUUCUCUGCCAAACGACUGGGAAACUAAAAUGAGCCCACCUUGUGUUCUUCCUAGCUCCACCCUUCCCGUGCUGCUGUGCUCUGCUCCUCCCCACACUUUCCUGCUAUAGUUCCCAGCUGCUGUAAGGGAGCCGCCUCCAGCUCUAACAAUAAAUCAAGUUCAUUGCAGAUGGUG